AACUCACGCAACCUUCAUCUGGCAUUUGUGGCCUGAAAUGGGCGAAUCGGGAUUUUGCCAAAAAAUUCAGACAAAGUGUGGCACCUAAACUUGGUCGAUAUUGACUGACACGCCAUGAGCGACGAGGAGCAAGUGAGUCCAGGCGAGGACACCAGUGAAGAAAGUCGGAGAACUGCUAAAAAGGAAAAAGGGUUGGUGAUCCUCAAAAAGGAGAAGAAAGAAAAGAAAAGCAAAGAAAAAGAGACUCGGUACGCCCAUUUAGGCGAGGAUUCAUCCGGGAAUGAUGAACCUGACGGAAAGAGUCCAGCCAAAGCGAAACGCUCUAAACCGUUCAUCUUAGGGUCAGCCAAGAAGGAUAAGGACAAGAAAAAAGAGGUCAAGGAGGGCAAAGAAUCUUCAUCCGAGACCAAAAAGAAGGACAAAAAGGAGAAACCCAUGAUGAAAUGGACAAAGUCCCUCAAGCAAGCUGAAACGGAUACCGAAAGCAAGACCAAAAUCGUCGUGGAAUGUCCAAUCUUCGGUGUGCCCUUGGAGUUGGCCACCCAGCGACACAAAAGCCAUGACGGCGUGCCCUUGCCUGUGAUUGUGCGACAAUGCGUAGAUUUUGUGGAAGAGCACGGGCUCAUGCAAGAGGGGAUCUACCGCUCUGCCGGUGUCAAAUCCAAGCAAGCCAAGCUGCGAAAUACUUUCAAUGCCCGUCAGCCCGUAGUUUUGAAUGACUACGAACCAGCUGUGGUGGCCGGUGUUCUCAAGCAAUUCCUGCGAGAAAUCCCCGAACCCAUUCUUACGCCCGCACUAAUGCCCAAAUUUGAAAAGGUCUCGUGUGAAUCUUCGGCCCAAAAACGGAUUGAGGGCAUGCGACAACUCUUGAAUAGCCUCCCUGAAUGCAACCGAACCUUGGUCCAAUAUAUUUUUGUUCACAUGUCUCAUGUCAUCGAGCGUGAGCGAUUCAACAAGAUGACCCUUCAGAAUGUGUCCAUUGUGCUGAGCCCGACCAUGCAGAUCAGCCACCGGGUGCUCAAUUGCUUCUUUGAAAACGCCCACAUUCUCUUCGACGGGGUUCAAAUUAAGAAAUACAUUCCUCCCAUUUUGGCCGAACCAGGUUCUCAAGGGCAGAACAUUCCACUACCAGAGACUGCCCAAGACAUAGAAGACGAGAUCAAGAAGCAAGAGUCGUUGCUCCAGGAUCUCCAUCUCCAAAUUUCCAGCGGAGCAGCUAGUAAGAAAACGGAAGAACAGAUCUGGGAACAACAACGAAUCGUGACCCAAUUGAAGAGAAAGUUGCGAUUGGUCAAGAAGCAAACCGACGGGACCAUGGAUCCUGAUAGGCCCAAAUUUCAACCCAUCGAUUACGACGAGGAGCUCAAUUUUUCUCUUCAAACCCCGGCCCACCUCAAAGCCACGACAGAGAAAGAUAAUCAUGAUGAUGAUAAGGUCGAUGGGCACGUCGAACCUACGGAAACCACUGUCACCGAACCAACCCCACCAAAACCUACCCUUCAGGAAGUCGAUCCGUUACCGCCUCCGGCUAAUUUAACCCCAGAAACCCCAGAAACGAAGGAAGAUAUUGAACAUAAGGUGACCGUUAUGAUCCACAGAUCAAGCGAGAGUACUGAUCAGUCCUUGGAAGAGCCGACUAAGCAAGCCGCACUUGAGCCCGUGGAGGAGCCUACUCUACCCGUUGAAAGGAAAAGUAGCCUCGUUACCGUCAUCAAGUUAGGCCAAGAUCCGGAGAUUUCGACCAAAAAGACCACACCCAGUCCUCCUAAUAGCGAAAAUCCACCCGAUGAACCUCCCACCACCCACACGAGUGUCACUUUCAAAAUCCCUGCCAAAUUGGAUGGCCCCUCCUUCCCGAUUUUGCCCCCUCCCCCCGCCUCGAACAAGAUGAGAGUUGGUUACACCCAAGUGUUGAGACCCACUCCGGCGGUUCCCGUUCAAAAGAAGCCCAUGCUGCCUUCCAUGAGCGUGGAUCGAGGCGUGGAAAUGGCUAAAUCCAAGAGUCUUCCUCGAGGCUUACCUUCGGAUGCUUCCAUGUUUGAAGAGUUUUCCGAUGACGGUGGAGGAUCAAAUGAAGGACCUCAAAGUUUGAACCCGUUUCCCAUUGAGAAAGCUCAGACCAUCAUAUCACGAGAGCAAGAAUUGGAAGAUCUGUAUGUCGAGGAACUACGCGUCAAGUUCGAAUUCGAAGAGUUGAUGGGCCUGAAAUCGGAAUUGGAACGACGAAAACGCUCCGAAAAAAAGGAGAUGUCCGAAUUGAAAGAGGAACUGGCUUCAAUGCACACCCUCUACCAGUACAGAACUUGUUCGGUGGAUAGCUCUGAAAGUUCAUCAGACGAAGGUUCGGACAAGGAAGGCAAAGAAGAAAUCGAGGAGCUUGGGAAAAUCUACACGGAUCUGAUUAGAGAAAACCGAGAAUUAGAGAUUAUUUUCCUUUGUAGGAGAAACGACAAGCUUUGUAUCAGAAGAUCCAGGAAGAACGCGCUGCUUGCGUGAAUCUCAGGGUGGAAAUUCGGGUGGAACAAGAGAGACGAAGAAUGAGGAAACGAGCCAAUGACUUGAUGCUCUAGGUUAACUUUGAUAUGUGCCAUGAAAGUAUUGAUCGACCUUCUCAAUCAUUGAAUAGCCGACUUUCUCUUCUCAUUUAUAGGAUAGGAUAAAUUAUCUAUUUAUUACUGAUGUUGAUGCUCUUUGAUUGUUGAUGCACGCGAAUAAAAACACAUUUCGUUACGUGACCGUCAAA